UUCAAGUUUAUCUUCCUUUGGUCGAGUAUUAGGUGGAUAAAUAUGGAAUGAAAAUGCUAAUUUGAACACUUUUUAUCUGCAAUUAGCGAGAAGUGUUUCCUAUUUUUUCUUUAAAUUUUUUUUUUUAUGAACUACCCGUAGAACAAUAGCUAGUUGGUGUCUCCUAUUUAAAAUUAGGAUGCCCAAAUUUCUGACUUUUAACUGUCUGAAAUCACAAAAACUUGUAUUUGAUAGCUUUAUAGGAUUUAUGGUAGAGAUGAGACCAGCUUAUUUCUGAAACCAUUAUCGUGUGAUUCUUCUGCAUUCUGUUUUUCUUUUUAUGGCUGGUGCCUUCAGAUAAACAGCACAGAAAAUAGAUCAGUGCUUCAUGUAGCUCUUCAUGCUCCAAGGGAUGCAGUUAUACACACUGAUGGGAAAAAUGUGGUCCCAGAUUUGGGAAGUUCUGGACAAGAUCCAAAAGUUUUCUGAGAGUAUUCGAAGUGGAUUUUGGGUUGGUGCCACAGGAAAAGCCCUGAAGGAUGUCAUUGCUGUUGGUAUCAGCGGCAGCUUCUUAGGUCCUCUUCAAACAGACGCUGAAGAACUGUUCAACGAGCAUAAAGAUCAAUUUUCUCCGAUAUGAGCAGUCGAGUGAGUGCAAAACUAUGAGGGACAACAGCGUAAGUUAUGAUCUGCGGCAGCAAAGGUAGAUGCUUGAAGA